CUUCCUCUCUCUGUCUCUGCUAGGUGCAGCAUGUAUGUGAGCGUGUGCGAGCCAGCAGAGCCGCCUGUGUGUUUACAUGUCAGCCUAUCAGUGCUGCCGGAUUUAGCGCAUCUGGAGAGGACGAAGGCAUUUCUCAAAUGCCCCUCAGACGAGGGAUUCUCAUCGCUUCAAACGUCCCUCUUUCCCAUCUGAAUCAAGCCUAGUCUCGAGUCCUGCAUCCCUGUCUCCAUGCUUUCGGAGGCAUUUUGAAUUUCCUUGGCAACAUGGAGCUGCCUGAAUUAGAAUUCUCUGCAUGACAGUCCUGGUAAGCAGUAGGAUGGUGUUUGGGGACACUGGAGGGCACUGCUACUUGGUGGCAUGCUGGCAGCCCAUCCUGAUCCUGAUGCUGGGCACCGUCCUCUCUGGCUCCACCACCGGUUGCCCCUCCCGAUGUGACUGCAACGCUCAGGAGCGUUCAGUCGUGUGCCAUCGAAGGAGACUUGCAGCUCUUCCUGAGGGUAUACCCACUGAGACCAAGCUGCUAGACCUCAGCAAGAACAGACUAAAAACUCUGGGUCCUGAGGAGUUCAUUAAUUACCCUCAGCUGGAGGAUCUGCAACUUAACGAAAACACUAUUUCGUCCAUUGAGCCCGGGGCUUUCAGCAACCUAAUGAACCUUCGGAUCCUCGGUUUGCGCAGCAACCAGCUGAAGCUGAUUCAGCUUGGGGUGUUCACAGGUCUGACCAACCUCACGCAGCUGGAUAUAAGUGAGAACAAAAUUGUCAUUCUGCUUGACUAUAUGUUCCAGGAGCUGUAUAACCUGAGGGCUCUGGAGGUUGGAGACAAUGACCUUGUAUUUAUCUCACCCCGAUCAUUUCAUGGCCUCAGCAACCUUGAAAGCCUCAACAUUGAGGGAUGCAAUCUGGCCUCAGUGCCCACUGAUGCCCUUAGCCAUCUGCAUAACCUGUUGUCACUUCGAUUACGCUAUCUCAAUGUUACUGUCAUAAGGGAUUACUCCUUUAAGAGGCUGUAUAGGCUCCGAGUGCUGGAGAUUUCUCAUAUGCCUGCCCUGGAUACCAUGACCUCAAAAUGCUUGUUCGGACUUAACCUUACAUCAUUGUCAAUCACAAACUGUAAUCUCACCGUCAUUCCCUACCAAGCCAUAAGUCACCUGAGAUACCUUCGGUUUCUGAAUCUGUCUUUCAAUCCAAUUCAUACCGUCGAAGGUAACCAACUGUACAAUCUUCAGAAGCUUCAGGCUUUUCAUCUGGCUGGAGGGAGAUUAGCUGCCAUUGAACCCUACUCGUUCCGAGGACUCAACCACCUCCGUGUUCUCAAUGUUUCCAGCAAUAGCUUGAGCACACUGGAGGAGUCUGUGUUCCACUCAGUGGGUAACCUGGAGACCCUGUCUUUGUAUGACAACCCACUGGCCUGUGAUUGUCGCUUGCUCUGGGUCUUCCGUCGGCGGUGGAGGCUAAACUUUAACAGACAACAGCCCAUGUGCGCUUCACCUGAGAUUGUGCAAGAAAAAGAGUUCAAGGACUUCCCAGAUGUCCUCCCCUCUGACCACUUCACCUGCCAGAAGUCAAAGAUUGUGGAUUAUAAGGUUCAGGAGAGCCAUGUAGAUGAGGGAACUACAGUUCACUUUGCUUGCCAAGCUGAGGGUAAUCCAGUCCCUGUGAUAAUGUGGCUUUCUCCUAAAAAGGAAUACAUUACUGCAAAAACUGUUGGGUCAAGACUUUCUGUAUCUAACGAGGGCACACUGGAGGUGCGUUACUCCCAAAUCCAGGACAAUGGCACCUACUUGUGUAUUGCAAGCAAUGCAGCCGGCAAUGACACCAAAGCUGCUCACCUUUUUGUGCAUAGUUACUCCCCCAAUUGGCCCCACCAGCCAAACAAGACAUUUGCCUUCAUUUCCAACCAGCCCAGUGAUGAAGGCACUAAUGUAACCCGGGCCUCAGUUCCAUUCCCGUUUGAUGUAAAGACACUUAUCAUUGCAACCACCAUGGGAUUUAUCUCUUUCCUCGGAGUUGUCCUUUUCUGUCUUGUAAUAUUGUUCCUCUGGAGUAGAGGGAAAGACAAUACAAAGUCAAGUAUAGAGGUUGAAUACGUACCACGUAAAGAGGAAACUGAGGAAGCCAGUCCAACUGAGCCACCCAUACAAUUCAACAUGAAGAUCAUGUGAACCUCUGAAGAAGGCUGUGUAAGCUUACAAACUGCAAUCAGGAUGCAUACUAUCCUCGCUUCAAAUAUGUACUCAGUCAGUGAGUAAUAGAAAUUGCACAGCAGCAAACCACAUCUCGACAGUAUUACCCAACACAUUUUUUUUUACUUCAGGGACUGAGUCUUUAAAAACAAGUGUUGAAUUUCAAAUAAUCAAAUUUAAAUUGAUUAUGUAAUGUAAAUUUGUAUUGGCAUUUCUCAAUCAGUAUGUUGACAUGCACUUAACAAUCCAACUGCUGCGUGUAACCAAACUAAGGUAAUAGGUUAAUGCUUGUAUUUUGGAACAUUUUGUCUUAAUUUGACAGUGAAAGCAGACGGGGAAUGAAAAGGACGGAGAAGCACAUGGAACUUAGGGCCAGGGUUGGAAUCAAAUCCUUGCUGAUUUGAUAAAUACACAGCGAAAAUGGUAUGCACUCUGUGCAACUAAGGGGCCAAAAUUAAGAUCAUACUCGAAAAAAGCACAUUGAUCACUUUUUCAAAUUAUCCAAAUAAACUAUGUUUACAUGUAAGGUGGGUUAUUUCUGGAACGAUGUAGAGAUUGGUUCCAAGGUGUAAUCCUUCCAUCAGCACAAAUAAUAGAAAGCUACUGUUGUCAGGGUUUUUAUGUUGUUUUCUUUUGCUUUAAUGGAUGUACAAAGCACAAUAACCCAUUAUUAGUGCCCCAUGUCUGUUACAUGAGAGGCUAAAUUGAAAAAAAAAGUGACUCUGUUAUCUUUUAUUCCAUCAAACUAUGACAAGUAUGACAUGGUUGAAGUGAACAUUUCAGAUUGACAAAAAAUAAGAGAAGAAAGGUAAUAUUAUUUGAAGGCAGGAAAUAUGUAGUUUCAGAACACAAGUCAUUCAAUGACAAAGCUGCUGCUACAAAAAAUAAUUCGAAAAAUCCCAGCAUUACAAGUAAAAACUUUGGAAGGUCAUGGUAUUAAGGAGGGGCAGUUGUAAUCUUUGAAGGGAUUUUUGUCGACACAUUUUUGCCUUUCUUCGCCAAAAUCAAAAUUGUAUCAAGAAUCAGUUUGAGGAUUAGAGAACGAGGGAUGUACUUCACCAUUGGACGUGUGUUGGAGAGCGGUGGCCUUUCUUUUCCAACAUCAUUAAAUUGAGUGUUGAAGUUCCCUCUGCACAGCUUGGCAAUGCUGUCAAGAAAGAACCUUGUCUGAAAAAUUCAAACAGAAGCACUUAUCUCCAUGACUUUUUACAGAAUAGUGAUUAUGCGUAAAUAUAACUGUGUCUAUCAGUUACAAUACCUGGAGUGUACUCUUAAUGUGGUGAAAGUCAAAUGAGCGUGCAAGUGUGCAUGUUAACACACUGAAUAAGGAAAAUAAGCCAGUCCAACAGUAUUGUGCUCCUUUCUGCCAACAAAAGAAGUGUGUCAUUAAAUGUAUUGACAUGUCCAGCUAUACAUAUUUUUCUGUAUUUUAUUCUUUCCUUGUACAUUAUGCUAUGACACAAUAGUAUUGCUUUUAAAGGCUGUGGUUAAUGAACAUAUUACAAUCUUGAGAGCAGAUUUUAUAAUGAUUCACCACGUUCUUUCGGUGAACUAAACCAAAAGGGAGUUAUUGCAUUACUCAGUGUAUGAAAGAACCCUUGGAAAUAAAUCUGACUAACAAUUUA